UUUGGAGCAAUUACUCAAAAUGCAAGUCAAUCUACGAUCAAUUUUGGUUUUUGUAUUUUUUUUGAAAAAUGGUUUAGUUCAGAGCGAAUACCAGAUUGGAAUUGGAAGGGCCGAUUGUACAGGACCACCAGCCGAAAUAAUUUUUAUGGGUUAUGCUAAAUUAAGUCAAGUAGGGUGUGGUCUUCAUUUGAGACAAUUCUCUCGAGCUUUCAUCAUUGACGAUGGUUUAAGUAGGGUCGCUUUUGUCACUGUUGAUUCCCAAUCGAUGGCACAUGGAGUCAGAAGACAAGUUUUGAAAAACUUGGCUGGUCUUUAUAACGACACUUACACUGAACAAAAUUUGAUAAUAAGUGGUACUCACACUCAUUCUACUCCAGGAGGCUGGUUAAUGGAUCUUAUGUUUGAUAUUCCAAACUUGGGUUUCGUUCAAGAAAGUUUUGAUACUCUUGUUGAAGGAAUAACGCAAUCUAUAAUAAAUGCACAUGAAAACAUGGUUAAAGGUAAGAUUUAUGUAAAUUCCGGAAUUUUGCUUGAAGCUAAUAUUAACCGGAGUCCUGCAUCCUAUUUGUAUAAUCCUGAAGAAGAGAGAGCAAAAUAUGAGCACAAUGUUGAUAAAGAAAUGGUUCAAAUAAAAUUCAUUCGUUCCUCCGACAAUGAACCAAUUGGUGCAAUAAACUGGUUUGCCGUACAUCCAACCUCUAUGAACAAUACUAACUGUUUGGUGACUUCUGAUAAUGUGGGAUACGCUUCAAUUCAGUUAGAAAGUUACGUCAAUAAUGAAACUCUUCCAGGAAAAGGUCAAUUUGUUGGAGCUUUUGCUUCCACCAACUUGGGAGAUGUUUCACCGAAUACUAAAGGCCCGAUUUGUAUCGAUACAGGCGAAGAAUGUGAUUUUGUCACAAGUACGUGCAAUGGUAACGCUCAGACCUGUAAAGAAUACCAAUUGCAACGUUACGAAGGAGGUUCUACGAUCUAUGGACCACAAACACUAAACCUUUACAUAAAUAAAUUCAAACAGUUGGCUACAGCUUUAAUAAAUGGAAAGACUCUAGAUCCAGGACCAACUCCUCCAGAUUUUUCUUCACAAUUGAUCACGUUAGUUUCACCCCCUUCAGUUGAUGGAAUUGCAGAAAGUGACAAUUUUGGCGACUGUCUCCAACAACCACCUGCAUCUGUUUCACUUGGAGAGACCGUUUCAGUCAAAUUUGUAAGUGGCAAUCCUCGUCAUGAUGUUCUUCACGGCAGUACUUAUAUCAGUGUGGAACAAUCAGUUGGUGAUAACUGGGUUCUUGUAGCUUCAGAUGCUAACUGGGAAACACGAUUUUAUUGGAAGAGGACAAAUCCGACAACGGGAGAGUCUGAAGUGACCAUUGAGUGGGACAUAGGCCAAAAUGUUGAACCAGGACAGUAUCGAAUAAGACAUAAUGGCCAUUAUAAAGAAAAAUCCGGAGAAAUACGUGCUUAUGAAGGAGUAACGAAAACAUUUAAUAUCGCGUGAUGCAAUUGUAAUUUAAUAUUUUAUAAAAUGUAAAACACUUUAAUUUGAAAUUGUAAUUUUUAUUUAAGUACUUAAAGCUAAAAUAUAUUAUAUAAAACGA